CAUACACAUGUGUACAUAUGAAUGUAACCGAACUCCAACUGUCCAAACGAGCUUGCAAAAAUGUGAUAACAGUGAAACUACAUUAUGUUUCUUCAAAUAGAAGACUCUGUAUCAGUAUUAUCAAUAGAUUAUUACAAGGUCAUUUAUACAAUCUGCCAUGCCAACAUUCUAAUUCUUACUGUGAAUCAAAAAAUCUUUUGAAACAUAACCUGCAGUGAAUCUCCAGAGGCGUUACACGAAUGUCAAUCGCCUUGGCCGAUCUUACUGACGUACUAAAAAUUGGAACUGAAGAUGUGAUCUCACCGGCACAUACAACAUUCGUCAUAGUAGACAUACAUAUAUAUAUGUAUAUUUACGUGCAUUAAACGUAGUAUUAUUUUAUUUGAAAGUAAGGUGUAAUGCACCCUUUGUCUAUGGUGUAAUGGAAAAUCAUUCUGUUCGUAUAAACUAUACGCUAACACCCCACGAUACUGAACAACCAUUAAUACAUGAUAACCAAGCUAUACAACUCAAAGAACACAAUAAAAAAUCAGAAGAAAUAAUUGUACAUACAAAUAAAACGAAAGGUGGUUUGUUUAACUCCAGGGCACUGAUAUUUGUGGCAUUAUGGUUCUUCUUCAGUGGAUGUACUUUAUUCUUAAACAAAUAUAUAUUGUCUUACAUGGAAGGAAAUCCCACAAUUUUGGGUGCCUGUCAAAUGUUAAUGACAGCAAUAUGUGGUUUUAUACAAAUGUAUUUCCCAUGUGGAAUGUAUAGAACAAGGUCCAGGUUAACAAAACCAGCAGGUUUUUAUAAACAUAUGAUCUUGGUAGGAUGUACAAGAUUUACAACAGUAGUACUAGGACUGGUAUCACUUAAUUACGUAGCAGUGAGUUUUACAGAAACUAUUAAAAGUAGUGCGCCAAUUUUUACCGUCCUUAUUAGCAGAUAUUUAUUAGGAGAACAUACAGGGUUAUAUGUGAAUUUAUCUUUAAUUCCUGUAAUGGGUGGUCUAGCUCUGUGUUCAGUGAAUGAAAUCAGUUUUGAUGUCAGAGGAUUUAUUGCUGUUAUGGCCACAAAUGUAACAGAAUGUUUGCAAAAUGUUUAUUCCAAAAUGUUAAUCAGUGGUAACAACUUUAGGUAUACUCCUGCAGAGUUACAGUUUUAUACCAGUUUAGCAUCAAUUGUGGUGCAAGUACCAGUGUCAAUUUUACUACUAGAUUUACCAACACUCGAGCAUUCCUUAAGUUUUAAAUUAUUCACAGCCUAUCUUCUUAAUGGAGUGUUCUUCCACUUUCAAAGUAUCACUGCAUAUGCAUUGAUGGAUUAUGUUAGUCCUGUAACACACAGUGUGGCCAAUACAGCAAAGAGAGCUUCUUUAAUUUGGGUCUCUGUUUUACUAUUCAACAAUCCGGUAACUAGAUUAUCGGCUUUGGGAACAUGUUUGGUAAUAGCAGGAGUAUUACUGUAUAGUCGAGCACAAAAAUACGAUGGUUUAAACAAAGAAAAAUUACGACACAGUUAAAAA